UGGUCCGAUAUCACAUGGUACAGAUUUUCAAAUUUAAAUGAGCCUUACAUGGUGAACAUUUAUAGCCUGUAUAUUGACUUUCAGGCUACUACUCGCUGUUUUGUUAGUCUUCGAGGUCAGCCUUUUAUUCACUAAUUCUGCGGACAUUUACUAUUUAUCUCCGUUGCUGCCUGAGUCUGUUUACAGCUUGUUAGCUGCAAGUUAGUGUGUCCAACUGCCAGUAACGUAAGCUAAAUAAUCGACUUUCAUUGAAUUUGUACUUGUUUUUAUUUUUUGCGUCCGAGUGAUGCCUUUUUAUUAACAUAACUAGGAUUAAUUAAGCAUUUCAUAGCUAUGUGCGGGCGUCUGCAGCCUUUCUUCAAGCUCCUAAAAUCGCUGCAUCACACUGCUUGCCUGCCAAAUUACAGCGUCUGAAUGGUUUGUUUGGCUAGUGUUAGCUAAACCUUUUAACGUUAGACAUGUAGCAUCAAGUAGCAGAGCUGUGGCAGCUUGGCUUUGAUGAUAAUGAAUGCUGAAAAGCAAGAAAUUAAAGUGAGACGAGUGUCCACAAGGAAGAGGACCAGAGAUAGUCUCAGAAGUCUUCUGACACCUGCCAGAAAAAGAGGAAGUACAAGUUUAAGGCAAUGUUCUGACAGCAUACAGACCUGGGUGAUCUCCACUGCCAUGGCUGAUGUAAAAGCUGCUGAGCAGUAUUGCAGUGACAGUGAAGAUCUGUUUGGGGACUAUGACAGCAUCCUGGGUGACAGCUCUCUCCUGGCAAAGCUGGAUAGUGCAGAGCAAAAUGAAAGGCAGCGUGAUCAUCACUGUGCAGCCAACAGCGACCCUGUGAAUCCACCCGAGGCUAACUUCACAGCAUUGCAUUCAUCAGGAGAUGGCCUUCUGAAACAAGCUUAUGAUGAUGACAAUCUUACUGACUCCAUCCUAGAUGACCUCAGAGAUGAAUCCUUCAAGGACCUGCCAGCCACACAGUGUCAAUUUUCUGAAGAAGCCUCUGAAAGUGCAAAGAGGAUGAAGUUGUUAGAAGGGGAUAAAACCUCCACGCCUUUGAGACACAGUGACCGGACGGGUAAAGAUGAAACUGAAAGGAUCAUUGAAGAUAAAGCUGCGAGACAAACAGCUAGUUUUCCGAAGGCGAGGAGAAGCAUGACUGAUCAGCUGAAGAAAACGAUGCUGUGUAAUGCAGCAGCUCCCUCCAGUGUUUCACGUACUGUAUCCCUGAAAGAGGCUGUGGUCACUGAAGAGAUCAGCGUCGCCAUGCAGGCCAUGGAAACUGUAUCUGCGGAGACACCAGACCUGGGUCCCUUCUUUGGGCUCCCCACCAAAGUGAAGGACCUGUUUUACAAACUUAGAGGAAUCAAAAACUUAUACGAUUGGCAAGAGACAUGUCUGAACCUCAACUGUGUUCAGGAAAGGAGGAAUCUGAUCUACUCUCUUCCGACCAGUGGAGGGAAGACGCUUGUUGCUGAGAUUCUCAUCCUCAGAGAGCUGCUGUGCAGGAAGAAAGACUGUCUUUUCAUUUUACCGUACAUAUCACUGGUGCAAGAGAAGGUGCGUGGGUUAGCAAGCUUUGGCCUGGAGCUGGACUUCAUGGUGGAGGAAUACGCUGGCAGCAAGGGCAGGUUCCCCCCGGUGAAAAGAAGAAACAGGAGUUCCCUCUACAUUGCUACAAUAGAAAAGGCCCACAGCCUGAUCAAUUCUCUCAUAGAGACAAACAGGCUGGAUAACCUCGGACUGGUGGUUGUUGAUGAGCUUCACAUGUUGGGUGACGGUAGCAGAGGCUCUGUUAUUGAAAUGACACUGGCCAAAGUUCUGUACAUGAGCAAGACAACUCAGAUAAUUGGAAUGAGUGCCACUCUGGGAAACAUCAAGGACCUUCAGAGGUUUUUGAGAGCUGAAAAUUAUACCAAUGACUUCAGGCCUGUCGAGCUGAGGGAGUAUGUCAAACUGAAGGACAGUAUCUAUGAGGUGGACCCAAAGGAGGAGGAGUGCUUUAGGUUCUCACGCCCUCUCAACUUCAAGUACUCCAGUUCAAUGCAGAAGCUGGACCCAGAUCACAUCAUCGCCUUGGUUACGGAGGUCAUACCAAAGCAUUCGUGCCUGGUCUUCUGCCCCACCAAGAAGAACUGUGAAAAUGUUGCAGGGAUGAUUUGCAAAUACCUUAAAGCGGACUUCCUGCAGCACAAGGAGGCAGAGAAAGCCAUUCUGCUCAGAGAGCUGAAGGCCAGUGGGAAUGGUUCGAUGUGUCCGGUGCUGCAGAAGAUUGUGCCGUACGGUGUAGCAUACCACCACAGCGGGCUGACCAACGAGGAGAGGAAACUGGUGGAGGCGGCCUACUCUGAUGGGGUUCUCUGUCUGCUCACGUGUACCUCCACCCUGGCGGCAGGGAUCAACCUCCCUGCCCGCAGAGUGAUUCUGCGCUCACCGUACGUGGCCACAGACUUCUUAAAGAGGAGCCAGUACAAGCAGAUGGUGGGACGGGCUGGUCGGGCAGGGAUAGACAGUACAGGGGAGAGCAUCCUCAUCCUGCAGGAGAAGGACAAGAAUAUGGCUAAAAAGCUUGUGUCUGCCCCCAUGGAGACCUGUUACAGCAAUCUAAUGCAAGACGAUGGAAAGGGUGUUCUGAGUCUCAUCCUCUCCCUCAUUGGAUUGAAUAUCACCAACUCAUUAGAACAAGUGAUGGACUUCCUUUCUGGCACGCUCCUGUCGGUCCAAGAGAGGCAGCUGUGUCUAGAAAAGAGCCUUUGGGAGAUCAUUCAAGAGUGUGUUGGACUCCUGAAAGAGAAAGGCCUCAUCACUGUGUCUUCAGAUGGACAUGGGCAAAUUCUGAAAGUUACCAAGCUCGGAAAAGCAACCUAUAAAGGCUCAGUAGACCUGACCUACAGUGAUAUCCUAUAUAAUGACCUUUCCAAAGGUCUGGAAAGUCUGAUGCUCAACAGUUACCUCCACCUCAUCUACCUGGUCACACCUUAUGACAUGAUUUCUCAAUGCCAGCCUGACUGGAUGAUAUACUUCAGACAGUUCAACCUGCUGUCCGCUGCAGAGCAGAGGAUGGCUGCAGCAGUUGGAGUGCCCGAGAGUUUUGUUGCCAGAAAGGCUGCUGGCCAGACAGUGAGAAAGAAUAUGGAUAUGAUGGUAGCGAGGCGUUUGUACCUGGCCUUAGUGCUCUUCUCCUUGCUGAGGGAAACUAAUUUGUGGUGUGUGGCUGAGAAGUUUCAGCUCAGCCGAGGGUUCAUCCAGACUCUGCUCAGCUCCUCCUCAGCUUUCUGCUCCUGCGUGCUGCACUUCACAGAGGAACUUGAGGAGUUUUGGCCAUUUAAAGCUCUCCUGGCAGAGCUGACCCGAAGGCUGAGCUACUGUGUGACGGCUGAACUCAUCCCUCUCAUGGAGGUGGCUGGGGUCAUGGAGUCCAGAGCAAAGCAGCUGUACAAUGCUGGUUAUAAGACGCUGGCUCACGUUGCCAAUGCGGACCCCAGUGUUCUUGCCAAGACAAUAGAGAACCUCUACAAGAAACAAGCCAACCAAAUAGUGGCCUCUGCAAAAAUGAUAUAUCUCUCUUUUGCAGAUGCUUCUGAAUGAAAAGGCUGCAGCUCUUCAGGAAGAAGUGGAUGAACUGCUAAUGAUGCCUUCGGAUCUCCCUUCGCUAUAAAAACCCAAUAACUCAUUUUGAGUUGAUUUUAAUACAGAGAAGUUUUAUUCUCAUUGUAAAUUUGAUGUUGCUUUUUAUUUUUUUCACCAACUGAAAAUAAUGUCCACUCAGUCUUAUUUUUAUCAGUGAUGUAAAUGUUGCAUAGUACUGUAGCCCAAAAGCACUUUGGGUGUAACAAAUACUGAAUUGUCUUUCACAAUUCCACUGAAUUUAAUUUAUACCAGGAAGCACUAAUAUUCAUUAAAGACUAGAUGACCAGACAUCCAGUCUUUCUGUUUAAAAAAAAAAUGUAUUUAGAAAUGUAUUGAGUCAGUCCAGAAAUGCCCAGUUGAAGAAGGCCUGUAUGCAAACCAUGGCUCUUCCUAACAUUCUCAUACAUAAUUAUGUAUCAUUUUGAGGAGCUGACAGAUGAAACAGUGAA